ACACUUGUGUGAUGGGAGACUCAAUUGUCAAGUGGCCAAUGGGAUGGAAGAUUUUGCCACCUCUGCUCCAGCUGGCUCCUAUUUAAAGGGCAGCUUGUGAACUGGGGAGCAGCAUCUUGCAAGAUUGUGCCAGAAGGUAGCUCAGCGCCCAGCGGGAUGAAGGCUGCCGUGUUCCUGCUGCUCGCCCUCCUGGUGCCCGCGGGCCACACAGCGGCUCAGUGCCUCAUUGACAAUGUGGUUGAUCUGAAGGCGCAGGCAGCGAUUAGUUCCAUAGUGUCCGCCACCCUGGCCAAAGCCAAGCUACUCUGCCAGGACGUCUCGGCGCGUGGGGCACUUGUCUCCUGCCCAGCAGGGUACAAGCCCACGGGCUGCGCCUGCGGAAUGGGCUGCGGCUCCUGGGACAUUCGCACCGACUCCACCUGCCACUGCCAGUGCGCCGGCAUCGACUGGACGGCUGCACGCUGCUGCAAGAUAGGCCUGGAGUGAUGCCCAGCCCCAGCCUGGGGCACCAGAGAGCCCCACCCGGCCUGCUGCCCCCUCGCUGUGGGCCCUGGCACAGAACCAUGCUGGGCCUCUUGUGCCCAGUGCAAUGAAUAAACUUGGAUCUGGGUCUGCUGAUGCUUCUCCGGCUCAGUUCUUCCCCUGACUCCAGGUCUCUGGUACCUAGGGCCAGAGCAUGGGCAGGGGGCACAACUCUGCCUCCCUC